CAGUAGCCAUACAAACGGCUGGAACAAAAUGUGAAGUCAGGUGAUCCCGUUCCGAACAAAAUAUCCCGCAAGAACAUCGCGCGAGCCAACCACUCAGCACCGGCUGAAUUCGGGGAAGCGUCGCGCCAUGGCUGCCGUGACCAGCACCAGCUCCCUCUGCCCCGCCGGCCUCUCUUCCUUGCCGUCCUUCAUUCGGCUCAAACCCAGGAGCCACCGGAAGCUGCCGACGACAACAGUCUGCCACUGCCGCCCUGCUCGGAUGGAGGGGCUGGACCGGAGGGAGGCGUUGCUCGGCGUCCUCCUUUCCGCCGCGGCUUCGGCUGCGGCGCCGGCGCUCGCUCCUGCCGAUGCUUUGGCCGACGGCACCGAGUUGCAGGAGGGCUUCAGUACCUACGAGGAUGAGGCCAACAAGUUCAGCAUUACGAUUCCACAAGGCUGGCUGGUCGGCGCAGGUGAGGCCAGCGGCAUCAAGUCCGUCACGGCGUUCUACCCUGAACAAGCCGCCGACUCGAACGUCAGCGUCGUGAUCACCGGAAUUGGGCCGGACUUCACCAGCCUCAAGUCCUUCGGCGACGUCGACGCCUUCGCUGAGACCUUGGUGAACGGCCUGGACAGGAGUUGGCAGAGGCCGCCGGGGCUCGCCGCGAAGCUCAUACAUUCCAGGGCAGCAAACGGUCUGUACUACGUGGAGUACACGCUGCAGAACCCCGGCGAGAGGCGGCGGCACAUCCUCUCGGCCAUCGGGAUGGCGUUCAACGGCUGGUACAACCGGCUGUACACGGUGACAGGCCAGUACAUCGACGACGAGUCAGACAAGUACAGGCCUCAGAUAGAGAAGGCUGUCCAAUCGUUCAAGUUGACAUGAAACAGCGCUCUGUGUGGAACGAUCAGCGGUCGACGGUCUGCAGACAAGCCAAGGUAGACGAAACCAAAGUUCAGUAGCGAACAUAAACUUUGCGCCACUUGUGCAUGUAAUUGCUUCUCUUUUUAUUGAUACAUAAGCCGGCAAUGUUUGGGUCUUUCGGGAAAGAAAAGUAGCGAACAUAUACGCAUGUGAAUAGAUGAGUUGCCAUUUCAUAGAGUAGUGGGCGAUCAAUUCGAUCAAACACAAACAUGUAUUCCACAUUCAGCUCGAAAAGAAAAUCUAUGUCUACGAUCA